ACGAAAGAGGAAAAAGAGUUAAGAAGAAACUACACUAAGCUACAUCUAUGUGUAGCAGUUCCUCAUUUUUAAUCAACACGACAUGUUGGAUUAUAGAUGGUUGUUACCGAAAGGAAGCGAAUUAGGAACGUUCCAUCCAAGAUAAAGUAGACGUCGAGUGUUUUUGUCUACACAUAACGGAUCUUAGUUUUUAUCAUGGAAGAUGGAGGGAAAGAGGACACAGGCAAGCCUAAAGAGGUGAAGUUGACAGGCAAAGCCGGCUGGCUGAAGAAGUCGUCUGGGGGCUUUUUUGGGUCGUACAAAGACCGCUACCUACAGCUGGAGCAUACAGAGAUUGGAGUGUAUGAAAACGAGGAUUUGAAGAACUGUCUAGAGAGGCUGGACCUUGAAAACUAUGAAAAAUGCCAUGAAUUGCGCGGUGCAUUCAAGAAGAAAAACAGACUGAUAUUGAUCAAAGCCCCGAAAUGUGUAAAUAAGGUCCAUGAUGUGAAAUUGCAGGCCCAAAACCAGGAGGACAAGGAGGCCUGGAUCAAGGCCCUUAGCGAUGGAAUCAACAGAGCAAAAAAUAAAAUUUUUGAUGAGGUGAAAGUUGAUGAAGGCAGUUCUUUAGAACAUGUGACACGCACGCGACCCAAAGGAAACCGUGGGAGAAGACCCCCGACGAGGAUACACAUGAAAGAAGUGGCUAAUGUAUCAUCUGAUGGAAUUCUGAGACUGGAUUUAGAUGUUACUGAUAACGGAAUCCAUAUCAACACUGAGGAAGGCACCCAAUCCGACAGGGUAACAACAACCACCAGUGAUGGCCCUAAGGAUGAGCCCACAAGUGAAGAGCCCACCCCACAGAAGAAGAUUCUGAAGCCGCCAAUGCCUCCGUCCAAGCAGAUCAAACCUGUAGCGGUGUCGGAAGAAGACAACCAUGGCGAGACGACUUCGGACAGUGGGGUCGACACCGGAGCACCACCUACUCCCAGUAAACCCAGCAGCUCUCAGGACGAUCUGUCCUCCGAUUCAUCCUCGGUCGACAAAGACCCGAAACCCCCGAAACCUCCAUCGAAAGAGAAGAAGCCCACUCUGGGGGAGGAGAAGGAGGAGGAGAAGGAGGAGGAGGAGGAGGAGGAGGAGGAGGAGAAGGAGGAGAAGGAGGCUAAAGUGACCCCAGAGGCAGAAUCGGAGGUUAAAGAUAAGGAGGAGACUGAAGAGAAAACCGAGGAAACAACCGAGGCUGCUCAAAACAACGAACAAGACAAGCCCACAGAUACGGAUGAUCUCCCUCCAAAAAUGGUCCUGAAGCCCUCGGUCGUCAUGUGGGACACACCUCUCGCAGACACAUCCACAGAGGCAGAACAGGCAGACGUAUCUAAAGAAGCACAGUCCACUCCGGAGCCUUUGAAAAAGGCAGCAGGUCCACCAGAGGCGUCUAAAGAAACACAGUCCACUCCAGAGCCUUUGAAAAAGGCUGCAGCUCCUACAGACGUGUCCAAAGAAACACAGUCCACUCCAGAGCCUUUGAAAAAGACCACAGAUCCACCAGACGUGUCUAAAGAAACAAAGUCCACUCCAGAGCCUUUGAAAAAGGCUGCAGCUCCUACAGACGUGUCCAAAGAAACACAGUCCACUCCGGAGCCUUUGAAAAAGACCACAGAUCCACCAGACGUGUCUAAAGAAACAAAGUCCACUCCGGAGCCUGUGAAAAAGGCCGUGGGUCCACCUGCCCCACCUAAGAAGAAACCGGUUAAAUGCCCGGUCAAGUCGGAAGACAGCAAACAGCCGAGUGACGCCAAGAAGGACAAAGGCGAAGAAAAAGAAAGCUCUUCAUCUGAGCUCAUCUCUGAGUCAGCAAAGACUUUGUCAGAGGCCCAGCCUGAAACGAAUACUCUCUCAAAAUCCCCUGAGCCCUCGACCGAGAGUGAGGUAGUUCCGUCUGUGAGUGUUUCGGAGGAGAAGGUUGAGCCUUGUGAUGUUUCUGUUGGAAAGGUUGAACAGGAGGAAGAGAAGUCUGUAGAUAGCGGUCAGCACUCGGCUGAGGAGUCGGAGAACGGUGACACCGCCGCCACAACGCCCUCCGCUGCUCUGCCGGGCAGUCAGGCGAAACUCGACGAGGACAGCAGCGAGGCAGAUGAGACGGAGCCAUCAAACGCACAAUCAGAGAACACCAGAGAAGGUCCACCCACCGGCGCCGAAACUCCCAGUGCCUCUCACGAGGAACCCUGUGGAUUUGACUCUCCCGCCCUGCCACCCAGUUUGCGAAACAGGCCUCAAAUUUUGUCCCCGCGCCCUAUAGUACCCCUUAAACCCAGUGUGAAGGUGAGGUCUGCUUCUGUGGGAGAUCUUCUGGCAGAGCCUCCUCAGCAAAAGCAGGAGACAGAGCGAGGCAAAGAAUCGGCCAAAUCUGCGGAGCGUGACAUGAAAGAUUUGGAGAGCAAAAUGACUCUAGAGAUUAAGAACACAGGAGAUCUUCUGCACACAGUGUCAGAUCAGCAGAAAGUGGAUGGCGGGAAUCAGGGUGAACUCUCACCAGAGGUGCUGCUAGCCACAGCCAUGGAGAAGCUCAGGAAGGCUGAAGAGAUCUUAAGCGUGGCCAAGAGUUUCAAAGGGAGAAAGGGCUCCGAGAACAAGAGAGUGAGCUGGUGAUGUUUUUUUUUUUAAACUGCUGUUCGGCUUGUGGCUGUUCUUGCUUAGUGUUGAAUUUUAUGCAAGUUUUUGCUUGUGAUUAAGUGCAAUUUUAAGUCCAUCACUUCUACAAAUUCGCUAGUCUAUGCUAGUAUUUCUAUCUUUGUACUAAGGGUCAUGGCUUGAAAAGAAAACCUUUUAUAUUAUUUAAUGUUUAUAACAUAUACUGAUUACUUAUCUGUCCAACAGUUUUAGUCUGAAGGAAGGAACAUUUCAGGUUUUGACAAUAUAAUCUCAGUCUACUGCUCCAGCAGCCAAGUCCACAGUCACACUCGGUAAUUCCACGCAGUAUUUCUCCUGUGUAGCCCGUGGUCCUCCAACAGUAGUGGAAGUUGAUUGAAACCACACAUAUUUAUGUUAAUAGUAUUUGGCAGACACUUUUAUCGAAAGCCACUUAUUAGAAUAGCAGUUAACAAUGUCCGCAUAAAGAAAGAGUUUAGCUGUACGAAAUGUGAAUUUGAAUACCUGCAAUAAUUGAUAAGGCACCUUUUUGCAUAGUUGAAUUUGCUUUGUACGUUUUGUUGCUUGUAAAUCAAAACUUGUUUAAGGUUUCAAUGUAGGCUGAUAGUCUCACAUUAGGGGUUAUUCAAAUGUACAUGUAUUCCAAAUGUUCCUUACAUUACUUUGCAUUUUGAUAUGAUUAUGAGAUGCUGCAGAAUUGGUCAUAGUGGUAGUGGAUAGUGGAUUGCUAACGCAGAAGGUAGAGAUUACAUUUAAAACCGGGAAUGUACCUGAAAUAUGUUUCUCAGAUAUUACAUUACAGUUUGAUCAUUUUUCAUUUUUACACGUUGUAAAUUACCAUGACAUUAUGUUGUCCAUAAUUCAAAGCUUAUUCUCUGCUUAUGAAUCUGUUCACUGAACUCCAUCCAUGAGAUGGAGAGAACAUGGCAUAUGUCAUUUUUAAACAGUGCUCAUGUCUGCAUAUUGUUCAGUAGAUAUUUCUAUUUUUCUGAUCUUGUAUGAGACAGCACUUGGGAAGGAACCUAGUAGGUUUACCUCGGUUUCCUUGGUAUCUCCCUCAAUGCUCAUCUCUCUGUGUUGUGGUUGUCAUCACACAAGCCAGCAUACAAGAUUUAAAAUUAGUGCACAGGAACUUGUUACUUCCUGAGCACUUUACCCUGCAGCAUUACAUGUACUUGCACAGGGGUAAUGUGUGAAAGGCAACGUUUGUUUGGCUCUGUUGUGCAAAAGCAGUAAUCCUCUUGUAAUCAGUGAGUCACUGACAGAAUAGCAGCAUUCAAGGCUGCCCUCUAUAUUUUCUUCAUUAACACUGAGAUCAAAUUCAUUGCUGUUUUUUGUUUUGUUUUGUUUUGUUUUUUUAUUUUUUGUUUUUGCUUGAUAUGUACAGUGCAAGGCACAUUGUUAAUGUCCUGUAGAAGUGUGUUAGAUAAUACCCAGCUAAUGUCAUGUCUUUUUUUAUAGAGAUGAAUUUUAAAAUUUUUAAAUGUGGUACCUUCAUGUAUGAGUGGUGACUUGAGCAUUCAAGCACAGUCAUUAUGUGAACAUGCAUGUUAAAUGCAGGCGUAUCUGGUAAAUUGUUAUUUAAAAUGAUGAUUGCCUCCGAUCAGUGUUUACAUGGCAACCAGUAACAUUCUCCACAUUCCUGUGAAUCCUGGUUGGCCUAGAAUCCUAUGGUUUUGACAUAGGUUAAAACGUUCAAAUAUGUGAAUUGUUUCUUUUGAACAUAAAAGUGUAAAUAAUAAAAUUGACUAAAAUGCUUAAUAUUUAAGUUAUUAAUCCUCUCUCACAUGUCCCCUUGUCUUAGAUCACGUUAAAUAGGUUUAGUAACUUUUAAAGACGGGAGUGUUAAAAUGUAAAUGUCUGAUAGCCAACUGUUAGCCCCCUCACGGUUUAACAUGCAUCACUGUUAGUGUUGCGUCAUAUUUUCUUUCCUUAUAUUGAUCAAAAUUGAUUUACUAAUUGAAUUACUAAUGCAAUUUAAAUUCAUGGUUGUGUUCAACUUGCUCAGCAUGUCUAAAUAAAUGGUCUGUACUUA